AAAAACCAACCAAACAAACAUACAAACAAUGGCUUCUGGCAAGAAGAUGAAGAUGAUACCUAAACUCUCAAAACCCAUUGAAAAAUUUCGUGAAAUCCAUAAAAAUCUUGCCUUUAGAUCCUCACCGAAGCUCUGGCACGAUAUCGAUGAGAUAGAACCCAUUUUAACCUUAAACCACCCCAUUUUAAGCAAACUAGAAUCAUGUUCAAUCAACAAUUUAAGACAAUUCAAUCAAGUACACGCACAACUCAUUGUUUCAGAUCUUUUUCAGCAUUCUUUCGCAAUGAGUCGAGUUAUUAAAAAGCUAUCUUCUUUACCACAUACUGUUGCUCAUGCUGUUAAACUUUUUAAUUGUUUAGAUUACCCUGAUUCUUUUAUAUGUAAUACUAUUAUUAGAGGGUUAGUUAAUUCUGAUAAAAAGGUUCAAGCUUUGGCGUUUUAUAAUCAAGAAAUGGUUCAGGGGUUCGUACCCUCGAACCAUUUUACUUACCCUUUGGUUGUUAAGGUUUGUGGUGACUUGGGGUUGGUUAAAGAAGGGGAAAAGGUUCAUAACCGUGUCGUGAAAGACGGGUUUGAGUUGGAUUUGUAUGUUAGGAAUUCUUUAAUUCAUAUGUAUGCGGUUUGUGGGAAGAUAAAGGAUGCGGAAAUGGUGUUUGGGUUGAGUUUGGAGAUGGAUAUGGUGACAUGGAAUUCGAUGAUUGAUGGAUAUGUUAAGAAUGGGAUGGUUGUUUUUGCACGCGAGUUGUUUGAUGAAAUGCCGGAAAGAGAUGUGUUUAGUUGGAAUUCUAUGAUUUCUGGGUAUGUGUGGAUUGGGGAUAUGGUGGUGGCACAAGAGUUGUUUGAUAAGAUGCCUUGUAGAGAUAUUGUUUCUUGGAAUUGUUUAAUUGACGGGUAUGCCAAGAUUGGAAAUGUUGAGUUUGCUCGGAAAUUAUUUGAUUGGAUGCCACGCCGAAAUGUUAUUUCUUGGAACACUUUGCUAGCUCUUUAUGUGCGGUGUAAAAAGCACGAUGAGUGUUUGAGGCUUUUUGAUGAUAUGCUAGAGGAAAAAGGUGUAAAGGCAAAUGAAGCAACUGUUAUGAGUGUGUUGACUGCUUGUGCACACUUGGGAAGACUUGAUAAGGGCAAAUGGGUCCAUUCUUAUAUUAAGAACAACAAGAAUACAAUUAUAAUGGAUGUGUUGCUUUCAACUGCUUUGUUAACAAUGUAUGCUAAAUGUGGGGCUAUGGAUUUGGCUAAACAAGUUUUUGACGAAAUGCCAGAGAAAACUAUAGUAUCGUGGAAUUCGAUGAUAAUGGGAUAUGGAAUGCUUGGGCAUGGGGAGAAGGCUUUAGAAAUUUUCUUAGAAUUGGAGAAAAGUGAAUUAGUGCCAAAUGAUGCUACUUUUGUGUGCAUUCUUAGUGCAUGUACACAUGCAGGGAUGGUCUUGGAGGGGUGGUGGUAUUUUGACCUGAUGCAAAGAGUUUAUAUGAUUGAGCCAAAGAUCGAGCACUAUGGUUGUAUGGUGGACCUCCUUUCACGCGCUGGAUUGAUGAAAGAUUCCGCGGAGAUGAUCAAGAAUGUGCUGUUGGGAACAGGCCCGGCCUUGUGGGGAGCCUUACUAUCGGCUUGUAGGACCCACUCAAAUCUAGAAUUAGGGGAAUUGGUGGCCAAGCGGCUUAUUGAAUUGGAACCGAGUGAUGUUGGGCCAUACGUGUUGUUAUCAAACAUAUAUGCUGCUGGAGAAAGAUGGGAUGAUGUUGAAAAUGUGAGAGAGAUGAUGACGGAAAAGGGGUUACAUAAGUUUGCAGGAUCGAGCCUAGUUUAUCCAGAAAUUUCUGAUGAUAAAUCAGUUGAACGAGGGCCUUCCUUCCAUAAGAGGAAAUUAAUGUACUCCAUGUUGAGUGAUAUGGGUGUUCAAGUGAAAAUGUCAUACAGAAAUAUGAUUCCUUAAUUAUUGAUAAUGCAUGGUUGUUUAAGGAGCUUAUAUGAAAAUUCAGUUAUUUAGAAUCAAAGAAAAAUUCAAGUAUAGCUAUAAAAUGAUGAUUAGAUGGGGAAAAGGUCAAGUCUACCUGACAAGUGGUGUGAGAUCGAAUCUAGCAUGCUUGCAGUGGCGGAAAGAGGUGCAUAAUACUUUCUUUUGGACUGUUGAAGUCAAGUACUGCUCCCUCUUUCACUACUUUCUUCACGGGUAACAGAUACCCUGAUCGAAUGAUGGAUACUGAAAUCGUCUUGAUAAAUUUGAAAGAGACAUGAUAAUUUAGUGGCAUCUUAAGAUGCUGCAGACAUCAUAUUGCCUGAGAGAAGCCAUCGUUGACUAGACAUCAUACUUGUUUUUUGCUGGCGGGUACUAUAAAGGGAUGGAGAGACAAGAAACAAGAGUUUGGGUAGAAUCCUGCCCGAGAACGGGUGAAAGAGCCAUUAGACGUAGCGCUUUGUACUGGAUUUAGCACAACGAAGAUCAUUGCAGAAACUAUAAAGAGAAUAUUAACAGGAAAUGCCAUUAUGUGAAAGAUAAAAGGGAGAAGUUUAGUUUUGUAUGGAAGCACUUAACACAAGGUUGGUACUAUUUAUAGUGGACAAAAUGAGUUUGUAGUUGGUAGUAUGUUCUAUGGUUUGACAUUAUGUGUUGAAUGAAAGGAAUUUUGUUACGUAUGUUCGUCAUCAACCUUCUUGGAUGAUACCGAAACUACAUGGAAAUUUUUGAUGGCUUUUUGAAUAUCUUACUAUUUUACUUUGUGAAA